AUACAGACCAAAGUUCACAGGUCACGUAGGGGGUCAUUUACUUCAAACGUGAGUGUUGUUUGUAGUUUUGAUAGCGUGCUUAUACUGAAUCAUUUGUGAGUACAAUUAAUUACUUGCUAGUUGUAAUUUAGCUCGAAUGAUAGCGCGCUAGGAGCUAAUAACGUAUUUUAAAGUUUGCUGAAAAAUGGCUGGACCAGAGUUAUUCCUGGAUUCUAGUAUCCGAAUGUGGGUCGUCUUACCCAUCGUGUUCAUUACAUUCUUCGUUGGGGUCAUUCGACACUACGUCACUCAACUUCUACACAGUGACAAGAAAGUAGAACUCGAACAGGUGUCUGACAGUCAAGUCUUGCUACGGAGCCGGAUAUUGAGGGAAAAUGGAAAAUACCUUCCGAAACAGUCCUUUGCCAUGCGCAAACACUACUUUAAUAACACUGAAACUGGGUUUUUCAAGAAAGUCAAGAGGAGGGUCGUCCCUAAAAACCCAAUGACUGAUACCAGCAUGGUGACCGAUAUGAUGAAAGGAAACCUGACGAAUGUGCUUCCCAUGAUUGUAAUCGGUGGAUGGAUCAACUGGGCCUUUUCUGGCUUUGUCACUACCAAGGUUCCAUUCCCCCUGACUUUGAGAUUUAAGCCCAUGCUUCAACGAGGAAUUGAGUUACUUUCCCUUGAUGCGUCCUGGGUGAGUUCGGCGUCUUGGUACUUUUUGAAUGUUUUCGGGCUCCGCAGUAUGUAUAAUCUUAUCCUGGGACAGGACAAUGCUGCCGAUCAGUCGCGGAUCAUGCAGGACCAAAUGACAGGGGCCGCCAUGGCUAUGCCUCCUGAUCCCAACAAGGCCUUCAAGAGUGAAUGGGAAGCUCUGGAGAUCGUGGAGCACCGGUGGGCCCUAGAGAACGUUGAGGAAGAGCUCAUGUCGCGGGACCUCAAUUUUGGCGGGUUGUUCAGGCGGGAACUCACAACCGCUAUUUUUUGAUUAUAACAAAAAAAAAAAAAAAAAAAACGCAUGACCAGCUGUAAAACAACGGGAGGUUUCCCAGCUUUCCCGUUAUGUGCGUUCUUCUUUUCUCAACGGAUAUUUUCUACGCUGAUCUUCCAAUUGUCAGAAGUCUUGUUUUUAACAGUAAAAUGUCCAGCUGCAUGAGAUUUCCUCCUCUUUAACCUUGUCAUUUUUUAUUUAAAAAAAAAAACCAAAACAUUUAAUUCAUUUAAUUUAUUCUCCGAAUAUAAUUUUGUUGAUGGAAAAAGGCCAUUCACUCCUAUUCACUUUUCUUUAAUGCUGAUCUCUUGCAGUGUUCAGUUGUAUUUAGUUGGCAUAUUGACCUUGCUUCCUCAUGCUAUUACUGCAUUUCAUUUGGUCUCCAUUAUUAAGAUGCCUAUGCACAUGAAGUAUGCUUUGUAUGUCUGUAGUAAUUAUGAAUGUACCAGUGCAUGGAAUCAAUUUAGAGGACUGCAGUUUUUUGGUUUGCCAGUCUAACCAAAUUUACUCCCUUUAGCUCUGAGCGGUAGUGGUUAUGUUAUGGAUGGAUGUAAAAAAUGGGUUAAGUAAGCCUUAUUGUUACCUUUGAUUCCACAUAAUCACUGCCAUCUUUGAAAGCUAGUGAACACUAAGGCAAUGUCAAAAAGCUGGCAGUUGGCUUAUGACUUAUGACAUUAAACCUACAUGUUGUAAAGAUAAUUUUUAAUCCGGGGUGGAGGGCGGUGGGGUGGGGGGGGAGUUGGAGUCAAGCAAUAUGUACUGGUUUUUGGCUCAAAUACUUUAGUUUUGAUAAGCUGUUGAAUGAGAAAUUAUCUGAAUUAAAAUUUUCACUUGGUAAUUCAUGAGAUGAGUGUGAAGAAUGUUGUAUAAUGUACAAUUGUACUAAUGGGUUAAAAAAAGGUGUUUAUUGUUCAAAGUUUUUAAUAUCUACCACUUAAGUAAAUUUGAAGAAUUGCUUUUUUUUUCCAGUUGUUCUCAAUCAUAAAAUGGUUAAUUGACUUAAGCCAUAUUAUUGCAUCAAGCUGAGUAGCAACCUCAGUAACAAUUUGUUGGAGAAAAAAAAAGUAAAAAUUGAGAAAUAAAAAAAAUUCAGUUGACAACUCAAGCAAACCUAAGACAGCAGAAACUCAUAUUUGAACAUAAACAUCAUCACAAACUGGAUCGCAUGUGAAAAGCACCUAGGGGAUAAAAAAGUAUAUAUAAAGGUUGUAUGUUUUAAAUGCUUGCGUUGCCUGUUCAGAGUGCUUCGUUGAGUGCCAAACGUUUUGUUUCCUUCCAAAUGUCGAAAAUUCAGAGUAAUUAUCUCUCAGCUUGACUUCAAGGGAGAGGACUACUCUUCAUUUGCAGGUGCUACAUUUUGAAUGAGAUGUGUUCACAUCGUUAUGUUUAUAUACCAUGUCAGAACAAACCGUUUUCUGCAUGCAGUUGCAGCAGACAGCCGUUUUAUUGAAAGAAGAAAUGCUGAUAUUUAAUUUGACUAUCUGAAUGCCUGUUGAGAUUUUGAAAUAAAUUAGGUAUUUAUUUGAAA